CCUCUUUCUCGGCUCGGGAUGCUCAAAGCGUCACAGCAGUUGCUGUCCGAUGUUCACUACACCUGCCCGCAAUCCCUGAACGCAGACUUUUUGCUUCGGCCACCUUCUAGUCUUGGCAAAUCAGGCGCAUUUGGCACAGAACGCCAAGUUUCAGGUAACCAGGGCGCCUCAGGCACAGACAGUAAGUUGAUCAAGUUCAAUCGCACACGACUCGUAGGAAGAAGCUCGUGUUAUGUAUGUGCGUCCAUGCCCAUGGCCAGCGCUCCGCGGCAAAAUUUACGCGGAAAGCCUGGGCAGUCGGGUUGGGCUAGUGCUCGUUAUUGCAGCUUCGCUAUGAAUGAGCUAUUGUACGGCCAUGUAGUUCGGUUAUUCAGCCUCAUUCGUAUGCGUGCAACAACCUUCUUCGCCUUAGUUGCUUGGUUGAAGCGCAACACUAACAUAGGAAAAGUCGAAUCGAACCCGAAAUUUUAUCUAUACUUUUUCCAACACCCUAGGCGCGAUCGACGGCACGCAGCUGAAAGGGCCCCCUCUCGACGAACGUGCUGGUCGCCUGCGACUUCGAUGACCGUAUUAUAUAUAUAUAUAUAUAUAUACUGCCCGGGUGGGAAGGUUCAGCCAACGACGGGUAGUGUUUUCGUGAGUGCCCUCACGCGCGGGCUCGUUAUUCCGAAUGGAUGGCUUCAAUUACCGGCCGACGUAGGUUACAAUAGUAGUCAACGGGCUGCCUGUGCCCUUCCGGGGCGUCCGGUAUCAUCUCCAGGAAAGCGCGAAGGCAGGCCUGCGCCCUACGACCUGCAGGAGCUUUGGAACCCCGCUUAACCCCCCAUUUGCGCUUGUUCGCUCGCUCUCUGGAAGACUGCCGCUGCCGUCUCCAGGCCAUGC